CACUAACCAAUCUUCUCAUUUCAGUGCUCUUUACCCAAUUCCCCCCUUCCUUUUUCUCCCAUCCCUACCACCUCCACCUGCAACACACACUUUCUCUCUCUACAUAUCUCUCCAUUUCCAAAGAUAAUAAAAAAAAAACCCCAAAACCACCAUGGAGUGCAUUGAAGCAAAAGCAUUGAAAUCGAGUUUUCUUAAGGAAUUUGGCUCCAAAUCAACCCAACAAACCUUGUUUGAAGAUUUAUGGUGUGUUGCCGGAAUUGAUAACGUUGUUAAUGUUUCCCCUGAUGAAUUUUCCGUGGAUGAUUUGUUGGACCUCUCCGACAAGGAUUUUAAUAAUUCCGAUGGUGGGUGUUUUGAAGAGUAUUCCGAGGAAGACGAAGAGAAGGAUUCGAUGAUUUCUAGCCACUUUUCAAGUACCGGUGACCUUGUCUCUCUUCCCGCCGGCGAAAUUCACCUUCCGGUUGACGACAUGGAAAACCUUGAAUGGUUAUCACAAAUUGUGGAUGAUUCCACAUCGGAAUUUUCGCUUUCAUUCCCGCCGACGAAUUUGAAGAAGACCGUGAAAUUCACCAUGAACCGGCACGAACCGGUAAGACCGGUGAUUCCAAGUUUUACCGUUUUGGGAUUAUCGUACCCAGUACCCCGACAGUGCAGAAGCAAACGGUCCAAGAAAACCGGCCAAGUUUGGUCCUGUUUGACCGAGUCAUCCAUGGACACCUCAUCUUCCUAUGACUCGUCCACCACUACGCAUUCCCUAAACCCGGUUCAAAUCAUACAAUCAAUUUUCAAUUUCCAAACCCCACCAACAAAAAAGCAUAAGAAAAAUACGGGUACCGCGAUUGCAUCCGAUUUAAACGGAUGUAUAACGCAACGACGAUGUACACAUUGUCAGGUUCAGAAAACCCCUCAGUGGCGAACUGGUCCUUUAGGACCGAAGACAUUGUGUAAUGCCUGUGGAGUUCGGUUCAAAUCUGGUCGUCUGUAUCCUGAGUACAGACCGGCUUGUAGUCCAACAUUUUCUGGUGAUCUGCAUUCUAACAGUCACCGGAAAGUGUUGGAAAUGAGAAAGAAGAAGGAAACUGAAGUUGAACCGGAUUUUAGUGUUGGUUUUGAUAGUCUUUCAUGUUAGACAGGACCGGGUUCAUUAGGUUUGGGCCGGUUAGGUUCAGAUUGUAUAAUUUUAGUGGGAUGUUGGAAGACUUUUGUAGUUGUUAGGUUCCUAACGUUAGUUAGGGUGGUCUAAUUUUAGAUAAAUUACAUUUUACUACGUUAUCCCAAAUUGGAAUUACAAUUAGCAUUAUUUUCAUAUAAA